AUGAGCGCAGACCCUGCUGCUUCCACAUCUUUUGAUUGCUUGCAUCCAGUUUCCAUUGAGGAACGUGGACGUGUCAAGGCUGACGAUGAAGCAACUUUUAAAGUCACUCUCCAAGAUUGUUUAGCAUGCUCAGGCUGCGCAAUCACAAAAGAUGAGAUUACAAUCAUAUCAGAACAGAAUACAUCAAGGAUUUUCGAGAAAUUAGACGAAGUUAAGGACUACAUCGUUUUAGUUGCAACUCAUGUUGUUGCAAACUUAGCUGCUGUAAGAAAUUGGUCAGCUGCCAAAGCAUUUUCAACAAUAAAACAACUAUUCCUUAGCAAAGGCGCCCAAAAAGUCGUCCUUGAUACAGAUAUUCAACUAGUUUUUCGCAGAUUAGUUGUUAAAGAGUUUAUUGAGAACCAAACACUCUCACCAUUCAUGAUUUCAAGAUGCGCAGGUUCUGUCGUCUAUUAUGAAAGAAAAACAUCAUACGCUGAUCAUUUAGCUCAAAUCAAGCCAUAUCCGCAACUCUACGCCAUGUACGAGAAGAAGAUAUUGCAAUCAACAAACUACGUCUUAUAUAUCGGUCCCUGCUACGAUAGAAAGCUCGAGGCAGCGAGAUUUGAAGAAGAUGUUGAUGCAGUGUUAACAAUUGCCGAAAUCAACGAUCAUAUUACAGAGCCAACUGAAGAAAUACCAGUAAAGUUCCCUGCUGAUACUGAUCUUAACGCAAUUUCGCAAAAACUUGGCCAAAUCAAAGAUUCAUUGAAUUCCGAUUCAAUUUACCAGUUGAUUGCUGAGAUCGAGCCAACACUUAACGAGGAAGAGAUUAACAGCUUAAUUUCCGAAUUACCUUCAAGAUUUGAUCUCGAAAUUUCAACAAACUCGUUUGAUGGCGAAACUCUUAACAAGAGACUUACAAAGACCUUGGAUAUGAUGAGCAGCGGCAAGAAAGUUCCAAAACCAGCUCCAAGACUCGCACAAAUUGAUUUUUGCAAAGGAGGCUGUUUAGUUGGCGGAGGACAAAUCAGAGGCAACUCUCCGGCACAAAGAAGAGCUCUUAUUGCUGCUACACAAGAAGUUCACACUCAAAAUGAGUCAACAAACAUUUCUUUCCCUACUGAAUUAUAUAACGAGCUUAUUAAGUUCGGAUAUAAGACACACUACGAAUCCCUUCCUCAGGAAGAAGAAAAAGAUCAAUUCGCUUGGUAA